AUGGAUGGCUCUCAGCCGCAAACCAACCCCCCGCAGAACAACCAACCGAUGGUCGCACCCCAACAUUCGAAUUUGAUCCGGACCGACCAAGUACAGAAACUGCCGCACCUCAAUGACCAGCAAAAGGCGCAACAUACCCAGAUAGUGCGCAGCUUCUGGGAGAUUUUGAACACCCGUGAUCCGCAGAGUACCGAAUAUCAGUCUGCGCAUCUCAAGCUCGCGCAGCUGUCGCAGACUUUGAUGAAGGGCAUGCGACUCUUUCAGGCAAAUCGCCAACAGCAGCUGCAACAGCAACAGGCGGCUGCUGGGGUGGCACAGAGUCAGCCGGUUCAGCGCUCUCAGUCAACAAACCCACAGUCUUUCGGGCAACUUUUGCCUCAGAUUCAGCAGAAGGUGAACAGCUUGAACUUCUUUUUGCCGCCGAAUAUCAGCCAGGAGCAAAUCCAGAGUUGGCUGCCGGAGGCCCGGUUACGGUACGGUAUCGCGCUGCAGAAACAAGAACUCGGACGGGUACGGAUUGCUGAGCUGCGCCAGCAGUUCAGUCAACGGCAGGCUGCUGGCAAUCUGAGCCAGGAGGAGGUGCAGGAAUUCAAGAACCGACAGCUUGCGUCGGAGAAGCUUUACCGUGAGGGAAGCGAUUUCCUGAACAAGUUCAAGGAGCAGCAAGAAGGGUUCAAGGCCCAGCAACAACAAAAUCAGCAAUUCAACAGGGCAAAUAUUCAAAACGCUCCUCAAGCGCAAGUGCAUCCUGCCCAAACGGGAGAGCCAGCCGCGGCCGCCACACCAGUGACUGCUGGUAGUGACAAUCGCCCUGUCAACGCCGCUCCAGGAACAAUGAAUCAAGCACCUACCCCAGCCCCCCAUACUAUUAACUCCGCUGUGAAUGCAGCACGAAAUCAAGCGGGGCAAGUCGCUAUGACUCCAACGACUUCACAGCCUGGGCAGGUGCCACCAACUGCACAAGCACCAGGGGCCGCGGCUACUACUACACCUGCUCCUUCUCAACAACCAACCCAACCUCAAGCACCGCAAGGCACUCAACCGCAAAUGACAUACCCCCAACCACCAAACAUGAACGGAACUACGCCUACUCCCACUACCGCUCCUCAACCGAUGAACCAGCAACAAGUACCACCGCGUCCUCUAUCCCACCAAGCUGCCAUGAACCAGGCAGCCCAAACCUACGCCAACACCAACGCUCCUAACAACGUCAAUAACGCAGGCAACAUGACCCAACCAGCCGCAACAAACCAGACUGCGAGCUCUACGACUACCCCGGGCUACAUCCCCAACCGCGCCUCUGAGAACUCAGCGCGCAACAUCAACAUGGCUAUCCCUAAGAACCUGAACGUGCCCCCACCAGAGCCUGUCGCCAUGUCACCCGCCCGACCAACCCUGUCUGGUGGUCCUAGCCACGGAGCGAUGGGUAUGAUGGGCCAGCCCGCUAUCCAGAAACACCCUGGCUACGUGCUGGAGGGCGAAGGUCAACGCGUCCUUAGCAAGAAGAUGCUCGACAUUCUCGUCCGUCAAGUCACCGGUGGAGGCGAAGGUGAAGGACUCACGCCAGACGCUGAAGAGUUCAUCCUCCAAAUGGCCGACGACUUCGUCGACGACGUGAUAACCGCCGCCUGCCGCCUCGCCAAACUCCGCCCCUCCUCCACCCUCGAACUCCGCGACAUCCAACUCGUCCUCGAACGGAACUACAACAUGCGUAUCUCUGGCUUUUCCACCGAUGACCUCCGUACCGUCAAGAAACCGCAGCCUACGCAGGGUUGGACACAGAAGAUGUCUGCUGUUCAGGCCGCUAAGGUUACUCAGGGCAAGGCCGAGUAA